GAAGGUCUUGAGAGCUUAUUGAGUAGAUUAUCUAUUAUUUCUGUGCCAACUCUCCAUUUCUUCGAAAAUGGUAAAAAGGCAGCUGAAAUUGUUGGUGCUGACGUUGAACGCUUGAAGGAUACAAUGGAAGAACUCUAUGGGGAGGAUAAAUGAAGAUGAUUUCAAUGGAAUAAUCACGUCAUGAGUUUUUGUGAUUAUUUUCAAGUGAUGGAAUAGUAGUAAGUUUGCUCUCCAUAGGUUUAGCUUUAAGAUUUAUGUGGAUAUGUUGGUUGAUCAUAGCAUACCAUGUGAAAAUAUUUUUGCAAGUCAAAAUCCUUUUUGUCUACCCUCAUCACUGUAUUUUCAGCAAUGCAUAAUUAGUUAAGGCCUUAUAUAUCUUGAAGCCAUGUUAAAGUGAUGCAUGUUGAAAGGGGAACCGAGGCAGAGUAUAUUAGAACUUCUGAUUCUCCUAUUGAAGGGACAAAAAAGCAGCAAAAAGAGACUGAUAUUUCCUGAAUUAUGGUUCGAAAGGUGUUUGGAUUUUGCUGGUU